AUGGCUGUUAUUCAGUUUCUGAGUAGAAUGCUUUUCUUGCGUAUGAUAGCCUAUCGAUUUGUAGUAGAAACCAGUUGUGAUGUCAAUUGGAACUGUUUACAUGUAUCAUCUACUGCUAGUGGCAAUCAAAAUAAUAGAUCUGAUGGGAUAAAAAAGUCUAGACAUGACGCACGUAAAAAUCAUGCAGAAAAAGCAGUUGAUUAUAAAAGUCGCGAAUAUGAUUGGUUGAAUAUUAAAAAUGAUGAUUGGGCGAUCAAGAAAUGCUAUCAAAAUAUUACACCAAUUCAGUGGAAUAGUAUGACGACUUUGCCAUCAACUAAUAAUCAUGAUAACGAUACAUAUACUUCCUCUAUUGCUGCUAACAGUAUGUUUUCAGCAAGCAGCAAUUGCAGCUGGGGUAAAUUUUCUUGGAAAAAGACUGAUCAAAGUAAAGCAACUUCACAAUAUAACGUGGAUUCUAAAGAACCGAAUGAAAAGCAAAAGUAUUCCCCUACUCAACCAACUUCUUCUACACCACCCUCAUCGCCAGAAGCAGAUAGCAAAAAUACAAGUAUUAAUGGAACAAUUGUAAAUGAUGCAAAGUGUCAGAUUGGCAAUACGACAAAUCGCAUACUACACUCACCUACUGUUACUAAUAAAAAAGUGAUUGAAAAAGUUUAUAUAUGGGAUUUGGAUGAAACUAUUAUCGUGUUUCAAUCUUUGUUGAAUGGCGAUUAUGCCAGAAAAUUUAGCAAAGACUAUAAUCAGGCAAUAUGCUUGGGAUAUAAAAUAGAAACUUUAAUAUUUGAUUUGGCUGAUUCAAAAUUUCAUUUUCGUGAACUUGCGAAAAGUAACAAAACUCACAUUGAUGACAUUGAUUACGGAAAGAAACCAGAUAGUGACCAAAAAUCUAAGGUCGAUCAUUGGGACAAGUUCUGCUCGUCAUUACAACAAGAUAAAGUUGCUACCUACUUUAAAGAUAUAAAGGAAAUAUAUGAAAAAUAUCGCGAUAAUGUGAAAGAAUUGGUAUCUGUGAACUACCAUAGUAAUUGGGAGUUAGCUCUCAAUGAAUUACAAUCUUUUACGGACAAAUGGAUACAUUUAGCAAGGAAUUGUAUUGAUUCUAUCAACUCGAGAUUUAAUAGCGUUAACGUUAUUGUAACCACAACACAACUGGUACCUGCAGCUGUAAAGUGUUUAUUAUAUUCCAUUGCUGAUCUCUUUCCAUUAGAGAAUAUCUAUAGUGCAACAGAUAUUGGCAAAGAACAAUGCUUUCGUCGGAUCAUUGAGCGCUAUCGUAAUUGUCAAUAUUUUGUUAUUGGAGAUGGUAAAGCUGAAGAAUCUGCUAGUCGAACUCUUAAUCUACCGUUUUGGAAUAUUUCUUCUCAUGACGACUUAUUCAAAUUAAAUGUUGCUUUAAAUAAAAACACCUUUUAA